AUUGAUCUGCGGGUACUUGUCAGUUUGUUUCUAGUUUGGGUUAAACUUGUGGGUGCCGGGUGCGCGUACGAUUAUGAAAUUAAUAUCGAUUUUGAGUUUAACAUCCAAUUUGGGAUAGCGAGUAGUGAGUUGGGUUGGAAUUGGUCAGUGGAGGAAAGUAGUGAAUCUCAUCAAUUAUUCAACGAUAUCAAAUAUCUCAGUCCACGUGCGCCUCACGCAUUCACGCGAGCACGCGACGGGCUUCCGUUCGUUUUCCUCUCCGAUGAAUCCAACCCCAAGUGGCGGCGCGACUGCUCUCUUUCUGCUAGACGAUUCCAGAUGAUCGCCUCAUGCUAUUCACUCUCGAGAAUAGAUCGCCUCCUCAAAGUUGUGCGUCCGCUGAACGGUCUCGCGAAUCCUUCAAGUCAGAAUCAGGUUUGGGCUCGUGGUCAGAUAUUGAGCUGCAAAUGGAAAAUAUCUAAUUCUAUGAAUGAAGUAGCUAAGAUGGAUCGGCAUAAAAAGCGGAAAGAAAUUAUGCAUGUAUGGAGACCAAUCUCUACUCAGUCAACUUCACAUGAAGUUGACUAUGAUAAAGGAUCAGAUCUUCAAUGCCAACAGCCUGAAGGACAAAAGAACAAGCCUACAGGUGAUUCGGAUGAGCAGGUCUUCACCCAGGAUGAGUCUACGUCUGACACUUCAAUGACAUUAACCACAAGUUCUAACAUAGUGGAUCAUGAUAACCAUUUGGAAAAAUUAACUACAAGUUCUAGCAUAGUCGAUCAUGCGAGCCAUUUAGAAACCAUAGCAGGAACUUUCUCCAAAAGUCAUGAUUCUACUACCGCUUCCAUAUCUCGUGAAAACCCUGAACAGAUUACAGUUGAGAAGGGUGCUGAUUUAGGAAGCCAAGAUAAAAGUUCUUCAGUUUCUAUUGAGGUAGAUGCUUCUUUGAUUCGCUUUAUUAAAGGAAGAGGUGGUUCAACGCAAAAACAGAUUGAGGGAGAUUUUGGCGUUAAUAUUGUGCUGCCUUCCUCUAAAGAGGAUUGCAGUAUUGUUGUUGAGGGCUCAAUUGGAAGUGUUGCUAAAGCUUCAGAAAAGAUAACUAGGAUAAUUGAAGAGGCCGUGAAAAGCCCAAGGCUUGAUUAUUCUCACUUUAUAUCCCUACCAUUGGCUCUCCACCCGGAACUGGUGGAAAAGCUAAUUCGUUUCCAGAAGUCUAUUCUUGGAGAUGCUGCAGUUGGGCCUGAGGAUGACCUGGAACAUGAAUCAAAUGAAGAUGCUACAGAUGAGGAGGAUAACCAAUCAAUAAAUCAGAAAGUUUCUGUUCAGCUUGAAGUUGGGGAAGAAAACAAACAUGUGAAAGUAAAGAUGGAUUCUAUAGGAUAUAAAUCUACUUCUAAAGCUUCUAUUUUGUCAGAUAUGGGCAUUGAGAAAUCCAUCUUUAUAAAACCAAAAACAUUCCAUCUAACUGUUCUAAUGCUGAAAUUAUGGAACAAAGAACGGAUCGCUAUGGCUGCUAAGGUUCUGCAGAAAAUAUCAUCAAAAGUGCUGGAUGCUUUGGAAAACCAGCCUGUUUCCGUAAGACUUAGAGGAUUGGCGUGCAUGAAAGGUUCGCCUGCUAAGGCCCGAGUUGUGCAUGCCCCAGUCAAGGAAAUUGAUGAAGAGGGACGGUUGUUGCGUGCUUGCCAGGUUAUUAUUGAUGCUUAUGUUGAAGCUGGUCUCGUUCUCGAAAAGGAUGCUCAACAAUCACUGAAGCUACAUGCAACUGUGAUGAAUGCUCGACACAGGAAAAGGACAAGUAGGAGAAAGAUACAGGAUUAUUUUGACGCGCGACACAUUUUCAGAGUUUAUGGUUCCGAGGACUGGGGGGAAUACCACAUUCCGCAGGUGCAUUUGUCCCAGAGAUUCAAGCAUGAUGAAGGUGGAUACUAUCAUUGCUGCACUUCAAUUCCCUUGCCUGAAAAAAAUGCGGACUAAUAGACUCAGCCAGGUAGCAGAUGGUACAUCUGAUGUCUGCUAGUGUCAUCAUGUACUAUGUGAUUUCCAAGUUAAUGCGAAGACUUCAGUUAUAGUUCUUACGAUGAGCCAGGACACAGACGUUCUUAUGAUAUUUGUGCUUGGGACACAUUUUGUUUGGCAGUUUUCUGGAUGUUGAAUGCUGUUCGGUUGGUAUUUCCCUUAACUCGAACACAAUGCUGACUACUAGAUUCAGAUAACAUGAAACUCAGCUUGGUUUUCAUUAUAAUUCAAUUCCCUUAUUCGGAACAAUGUUGAUCAAUGGCUA